AUGUCUGAUAUCGAAUUCAAAUACCACCCUGAAAAGAAGGCUACCAUUAUCACCGCUCCAUUUUCUGGAGGUCAACCAAAAUCUGGUGUUGAACUUGGUCCUGAAUAUAUUCUUAAAGCUGGAUUCCAAAAGCAAAUUGAAGAAUUAGGUUGGUCUGUCGAGAUCGACAAUGCCUUGGAAGGUACCACUUAUGAAAAUGAAAAAUCACAAUCAUCUGCUGAUGCCUAUGGUAUUAAGAAUGCUACCAUUGUAGGCGAAUGUUGUCGUAAGAUCCAUGAUUCAGUGAAGGGAGCUGCAAACAACAACAGAUUACCAAUUACCAUUGGUGGUGACCAUUCUAUUGGUGCUGCUACUUUAAGUGGUAUGUUAGAACAUGAUCCAAACACUUGUAUUUUAUGGAUCGAUGCUCAUGCUGAUAUUAAUACUCCAAAGACUACUGAUUCUGGUAAUUUACAUGGUUGUCCAGUUUCCUUCGUUAUGGGCUUGGAUAAGGAAACUUAUCCUGAAGCUUUAAAAUGGAUCCCAUCUAACUUGAAGCCAAACAAAAUUGCUUAUAUUGGUUUAAGAGAUGUGGAUGCUGGUGAAAAGAAAAUUUUAAAAGAAAAUAAUAUUAAGGCAUUUUCUAUGCAUCAUGUUGAUAAGUAUGGUAUUGGUAAAGUUGUCGAUAUGGCUCUUGAUGCUAUCAACCCAAAUAGAGAAUUCCCAAUCCAUUUAUCAUAUGAUGUUGAUGCAAUUGAUCCAUUAUAUGUUCCUGCUACUGGUACUAGAGUUGAAGGUGGGUUAACUUUAAGAGAAGGUUUAUAUAUUGCCGAAGCUGUGGCUGAAACUGGGUUGUUAUCUUCAUUGGAUAUUGUUGAAACUAACCCAUUGUUGGCUGAAAAUGAAAAUCAUGUCUUGGACACUGUCAGUGCUGCUUGUGCCAUUGGUAGAUGUGCUUUGGGUCAAACUUUAUUAUAA